GCCUAGGCGGUACUGCACAGACCCCUGAACCGCUCAUGGCAGGGGAGAGCUUCCCUUUCACGUCCUCCACACUGCGAGCUCUCCGCCUACAGAGAGAGUGGCUGGAAUGGGAGGACAGGAGGCGGGCUGCCGCUCGGCAGUGUCAAAGCCAAAGGUACCUCUCUAGUCCCCAGACACGGCUCACGAGGCCGCGCCGCUCCUGCCGAGACCCAGCUGUCCACAAUGCCCUGUUCUCUGGGGACCUACAGCAGGUUCAAAUCCUGUUCCAAGACGAAGAGGCUGCCAACAUGAUUGUGGAGACAGUGAGCAACCAGCUGGCCUGGUCAGCUGAACAGGGAUUCUGGGUGCUGACUCCAAAGACCAAGCACACAGCACCUCUUACCAUCGCUGUGGCCAGAGGCUACAUAGACUGCGCCCGGCACCUUAUCCUGCAGGGGGCUGACCUCGAUGCCCGGAUUGGAGGUCGUGCUGCCUUGCACGAGGCCUGUGCCCAAACCCAACCCGACUGUGUUCGGCUGCUGCUCACGUUUGGUGCCAAGGCUAAUGUGCUGUCUGAGGAGGGUAUGACCCCCUUGCACCUGUGCACGGCUCCUGAGUCUUUGCAGUGUGCCAAGUUGCUGCUAGAGGCUGGAGCAUCUGUGAAUGAGGCCUCGCGAGAGAGCGAAGUCACGCCCCUGCAUGUGGCUGCAGCUCGCGGCCUGGAGCAACACGUGGCUCUCUACCUGGAGAAUGGCGCCAACGUGAGCCUGCGCACCAGUCAGGGCGAGACUGCACUGAAUGCAGCCUGUGCUGGCGCAGAGGGGCCAGGUAGCUGCCGAAAGCACGAGGCAGCAGUGCGACGUCUCUUGGAAGCCGGGGCUGAUCCCAGGGCUGCCGGUCGCAAGCGCCACACACCGCUGCACAACGCCUGUGCUAAUGGCUGCGGAGGCCUGGCCGAGCUGCUGCUGCGCCACGGAGCCAGAGUUGGCGUCACCAAUGGGGCUGGCCACACACCCAUGGACUGCGCGCUGCAGGCGGUACAGGAUGCCCCCAACUGGGAGCCCGAGGUCCUCUUUGCAGCACUGCUGGACUAUGGGGCCCCACCCGUUCACCCUGAGAUGCUGAAACACUGCGCCAACUUUCCUCGGGCCCUGGAAGUCCUCCUUAAUGCCUAUCCAUGUGUUCCGUCCUGCGACAGCUGGGUGGACGCAGUGCUCCCGGAACUGUGGCAGGAACACGAAGCCUUCUACAGAUCAGCCCUAAGCAUGGAAAACCAGCCAAGACGGUUGCAGCACCUGGCCCGCCUGGCUGUUCGUGCUCAGUUGGGUAGCAACUGUCGGCAGGCAGCCACCCAACUCCCAUUGCCCCCACUGCUCAGAGACUACCUGCUGCUGUGUGUGGAGGGGCAAAUCCGGUGAGCUCCGAGUGGGCCACUUCUACUUCCAUCCGAUCCUACGACCGGCGCUGAAAAACCAACCACUGCCCCUUCCUUUGCGCUUUGCCUGCCUCCAGGACCAGUUUGUCCCUCCACUGACACUUUAAGCCACCUGCUGAUCUUCAGGCCGUCUCAGCCUGUCCCCAACCCUCCACUCCCAUGCUUAUGUAGGUAGAUGGCCUCUUUAUCUACCCAAGCUACAAAUAAUCCACAGUGCAGCUCUCCCCUUGCCACCCAUAUGUCUACUCAGCCCUUCAUAGUGACCGGCCCUUUGUUGGACUUGAUAGCCUAUACUUCUAACCCCAGGACUGGAGGCUGAGGCAGUAGAACUAUGAGGUCAACACUAGCAAGAUCUUUGGGGGGAGGGUGUAUCCUGCUUCUUUGCCUUCUUUCCAGCAUGAUUCUGGAUAGAACUAAAAGAAAGGGCUGCUGUGAUUGUUGUUCCCCCAGCACGAGGCAUGGAACCCGGGGCUGGGGGCAUGCUAAGCAAGUGUCCCACCACAGAGUCCACCUCUGUCUCUUGAUGAAACCCAUGUCUUGAACGGAUGCUAGAAUACUCUUUUUUUUUUUUUUUUUUUUUUGAGACAGCGUUUCUCUGUAUAAUAGCCCUAGCUGUCCUGGAACUUGCUUUGUAGACCAGGCUGGCCUCGAACUCACAGAGAUCUGCUUGCUUUUUGUCUCCUGAGUGCUGUAAUUAAAGGCAUGUGCCGCCACCACCUGGCCACCGGAGACAUUUCUGAUGUGGUCUCCCUUACUCCCCAGGUGUUGCAUGGCAUCUUAAUUGGCAGUCUGUCUAGAAUGGCUUCUGGGGCCCAGAAAGGUGGAAAGCCAUUCUCUCUUCUUUCUUCUGGUCCUAGAGACAGAAAGGUGUGACCACUCACCUUUAGGAGGAGGCUUUUCAAGGCAAACCAGUUUUGUUUGUUUGUUUGAGACAGGGUUUCUACAGUCUUGGCUGUCCUGGAACUCACUUUGUAGACCAGGCUGGCCUCAAACUCACAGAGAUCCGCCUGCCUCUGCCUCCCAAGUGCUGGGGUUAAAGGUGUGCGCUACCACCACCCGCCUUGCAAACCAGUUUUAUGAAUGCA